UAGACGUAACCUGGGCUCUUCUGGCGCCAAAAUGUCGCUUGUAGCAGGGGUUAUCCGGCGCCUGGAUGAGACAGUGGUGAACCGCAUUGCAGCAGGGGAAGUUAUCCAGCGUCCGGCUAAUGCCAUCAAGGAGAUGAUUGAGAACUGUUUGGAUGCAAAAUCCACAAGUAUUCAAGUGGUUAUUAAAGAGGGAGGCCUGAAGCUGAUUCAGAUCCAAGACAAUGGCACUGGGAUCAGGAAGGAAGAUCUGGAUAUUGUGUGUGAGAGGUUCACUACAAGUAAACUGCAGUCUUUUGAGGAUUUAGCUAAGAUUUCUACCUAUGGCUUUCGGGGUGAGGCUUUGGCCAGCAUAAGCCAUGUGGCUCAUGUUACUAUUACAACUAAAACAGCUGAUGGAAAGUGUGCAUACAGAGCAAAUUACUCAGAUGGAAAGCUGAAAGCUCCUCCUAAACCAUGUGCAGGCAAUCAAGGGACGCAGAUCACGGUGGAGGACCUUUUUUACAACAUAUCCACGAGGAGGAAAGCUUUAAAAAAUCCAAGUGAAGAGUAUGGGAAAAUUUUGGAAGUUGUUGGCAGGUAUUCAAUACACAAUUCAGGCAUUAGUUUCUCAGUUAAAAAACAGGGUGAGACAGUAGCUGACGUUAGAACACUGCCCAAUGCCACAACCGUGGACAAUAUUCGCUCCAUCUUUGGAAAUGCCGUUAGCCGAGAAUUGAUAGAAGUUGGGUGUGAGGAUAAAACACUAGGCUUCAAAAUGAAUGGCUACAUAUCCAAUGCGAACUACUCAGUGAAGAAGUGCAUCUUCUUACUCUUCAUCAACCAUCGUCUGGUAGAAUCGACUUCCUUGAGAAAAGCCAUAGAAACGGUGUAUGCAGCAUAUUUGCCCAAAAAUACACACCCGUUCCUGUACCUCAGUUUAGAAAUCAGCCCCCAGAAUGUGGAUGUCAAUGUGCACCCCACGAAGCACGAAGUUCACUUCCUGCAUGAGGACAGCAUCCUGGAGCGGGUGCAGCAGCACAUUGAGAGCAAGCUCCUGGGCUCCAACUCCUCCAGGAUGUACUUCACCCAGACUUUACUACCAGGUCUUCCUGGCCCCUCUGGGGAGUCGGUUAAAUCCACAGGGGGUGUGAUCCCCUCAUCCUCUUCUGGAAGUGGCGACAAGAUUUAUGCCCACCAAAUGGUCCGCACAGAUUCUCGGGAACAGAAGCUCGAUGCCUUCUUGCAGCCUGUGAGCAGGGUUCCGUCCAGUCAGCCUCAGGCCGUUGUCCCAGAGGACAGGACAGAUGCUUCUAGUGGUAGGGCCAGGCAGGAAGAUGAGGAAAUGCUUGAACUCCCAGACCCGGCGGAAGUGGCUGCCGUGAAUCAAGGAUCGAAGGGGGAUGCAACAAAGGAGACUUCAGAGACGUCAGAGAAGAGGGGGCCCCCUUCCAGCCCGGGCAACCCCAGAAAAAGACAUCGAGAAGGCUCUGAUGUGGAAAUGGUGGAAGGUGAUUCCAGAAAGGACAUGACAGCAGCUUGUACUCCCCGGAGAAGGAUCAUUAACCUCACCAGUGUUCUGAGUCUCCAAGAAGAAAUUAAUGAACGGGGACAUGAGACUCUCCGGGAGAUGCUGCAUAACCACUCCUUUGUGGGUUGUGUGAAUCCUCAGUGGGCCUUGGCACAGCAUCAGACCAAGUUAUACCUUCUCAACACCACCAAACUUAGUGAAGAACUGUUCUACCAGAUACUCAUUUAUGAUUUUGCCAAUUUUGGUGUUCUGAGGUUAUCGGAGCCAGCACCACUCUUUGACCUCGCCAUGCUCGCCUUAGAUAGUCCUGAAAGUGGCUGGACAGAGGAAGAUGGCCCCAAAGAAGGACUUGCCGAGUACAUUGUUGAAUUUCUGAAAAAGAAGGCUGAGAUGCUUGCAGACUAUUUCUCUUUGGAAAUUGAUGAGGAAGGGAACCUGAUUGGAUUACCCCUUCUGAUCGACAACUAUGUGCCCCCUUUGGAGGGUCUGCCUAUCUUCAUUCUUCGACUAGCCACUGAGGUGAACUGGGAUGAAGAAAAGGAAUGUUUUGAAAGCCUUAGUAAAGAAUGUGCUAUGUUCUACUCCAUCCGGAAGCAGUAUAUAUCUGAGGAGUCAACCCUCUCAGGCCAGCAGAGUGAAGUGCCUGGUGCCCCUCGAAACCCCUGGAAGUGGACUGUGGAACACAUUGUCUAUAAAGCUUUCCGCUCACACCUUCUGCCUCCUAAGCAUUUCACAGAAGAUGGAAACAUCCUACAGCUUGCCAACCUGCCCGAUCUAUACAAAGUCUUUGAGAGGUGUUAAAUACGGCCGUUUAUGGACUCUGGGGUGUGCUGUUCUUCCUUUGUAUCCUCAUGCUGGUAGAUCUUAAGGCUGAAGACUCAUGUGUGCCUUCUAACUAGUAGCACUCUUUCAUGCAUGGUGGGUUGAUUAUAAAUAAAUUGUCAGGAUGUGUCCUAACCUUAUCUCUUAUUUAAUUUCAUUACACUUGAAAUUUUUCUACAUCAAUUUUUACCUAGUGUAUACCUGAUUGUAUUGAAGAAUCCCAAAAGUAGUUUGAAAGCUCUCUGGGCAUCUGAUAAGAAUUCUAAAAAGGCCUUGAAGAUUUCAUAGAUCAUGCCCUGAUUUGACACUUUCUGUAUUCUGCUAAAUUUCUAAUAUCAGGUGAUAUAUAUUAUGUUGGUUCAGGUGCCUUUUAAAAGAGAUCCUAAACAUAUGAGAGACUGACACUGACUCUGGAGAAAGCUGAACUGAUAAUCUGUUAGUACCUUCAAUAACCAAAGCAAAUUAAUUAAUUCUUAAUGAAAUAACUUGAGAAGAAAAUAGUCCUUAUCCAGUCUAUAACUGGUAUGCGUUUUUAAGUUAGCCCACUUUGUUAAUGGCUAUGAAUACUAUCAGCUUAAGAUAAAAGUUCUAAGUGUUCUUGUUUGAAGGAUGAUGUAAAAAUAAGAACUUAAACUAUGAGCUGCCUUGAUAUUAGCCUGCUUUAACAGAAAUGUGCAGUGAGCACAGGGAGGAAGAAGUGAGUUCCAUGAGCCCAGGAGGGGCACAGGCUGAGUGACCAUGGGUACAGAGGAAGCUGGGUUUUGAAGACCUCAAGAGCUGGACCACACAGUGUGUUGGUUCCAGCUGUGGGAUUCUAGGAUAAAUCUGCAUUUCAGAACAUGCCCUCCCCCACCCCCCACAGCUGUUGCUACUACUAGAAAGAAAAUUUAUAGGAAAUCAUCUCAGUUCAGGAGAUUGGUUCCCGUAUUUUAAAAACAAAGGGCUAAUUAAAGAAGGGAAUAAUUAUUAGAUAUUUUAUUCACAUUUGAGUUAAUUUUAUUAAUCUAGUUUCAAGUCUAAUUUUAUCUUAUGUGGCUUUGAUUCAUCAGACCUUCCCUAAUAUUUGUUCUGUGUAAACACACUGAAGAUACAAUAAUUAUUUCCAUAAAACCACAGUGAUUCUGAGAGCAAAAGCAAAUCACAAAAUCCUGCAAAGGAGCUACACUCAACGAUAAAAACCUCUUGGACUGGGUAGCUUUAAGGAUGAAACUCAAGUUCUUAAAGGAAAAAGUUCUCUAUUCCAGAUUAUUUUUCCUUAAGAAAGAGAGAAAAGAGGAGGGGCAAGAUAGGAGGGGAGUGAGUACCAUGACCUGUUUUAAAUGCUCCUCUAACAAAAAUGAAUGUGUCAGUAGUCAACCGUGAUCAGCAACAGGGUGUUUAAUAGACUCUUCAGGCAGACUGCCCAUCUGCCUGCCCUGCCCCUCCCUCCCCUCUCGGGCUUGUCUGAGGUUUUAUUCCACAAAUAAGCAGCAGAUGAAAUACUUUACAAGAUACAGCACAGCUGAUGUGAAGACUAAGGACCCUACUCUUCCUUUAAGAGUAUUAGGCCUUGGACUUCCCCUGCCCCAUGCAAUAAAGCAAGUUUUAUAUACACUCCUCAUAGCUUUUUCUAACAUUUUCUUAUAUAAAUUUAAAUAUUUUA